AUGACCCUCAGAUAUAACUUCGAUUACCAAGCUUGGGCUGCCGGGAAGGUGUUUCACAUCGGCGAUACACUUGAUAAAUUAAUCAAACUUUUCAAAUAUUCAGAAGGAGCACACACUGUUCAUAAGGCUAAUGGAACCGGGUUCCAGGAUUGCGCUGUACCGGCUACCACUGAAGCCCUAACUACCGGUAACGAUGUGGUUACAUUGAGUACUCCUGGAAGGAAAUGGUACAUUUGUGGUGUGGGGAAGCAUUGUGAGGUAGGAAAGCAAAAGCUGGUCAUCACUGUGCUGCCUCUGGAGGGAGCCCCAGCAUCUUCUCCAACCCCAACUUCAGAUGCUUCAUUGAAAUUCCAUGUCUGGAUGGCGCCCAUGAUUGCUGCUCUUAUUGGGAUGUUGUUUUCCUAA